AUGAAAAUCCUUUGCCUUCAUGGCUACGGCACGGGGCCGGAUAUUCUGCGAUUUCAACUUUCGGGGUUGAUGCGAGAUGCUGACCCGAGCUGGGAGUUUCAUUUUCUCUCAGGUGAAGUUGAAUGCCCGCCUGCGCCAGGCAUUGGGAGCACCUUCCCACCUCCGUACUACUGCUGGGCGCGAUCGUUUGAUGCAGGGGAAAUCGAUGCAGCCCAUGCCUUGAUCGAAGAGGCCAUUGACGAGCAUGGUCCUUUUGACGGGGUCUUGGGAUUCAGUCAAGGCGCUGCAAUCUCGAUUUCGUUCCUGCUCGAGCAUAUAACGGCGUAUCCAGACGAGCCCCUGCCUUUUCGCUUCGCAAUAUUCUAUUCGCCCACGAUUCCAUGCGCUGCGGAUGAAGCUUAUUGUCAGUCUGUUAUCGGUUCUCUUUCAACAGCCGAUCAGCAACGUCUCCGCUCUGGGCAGGACGAGCAGAUUGCGCAGCUUCCGGAACCAGUCCGUUCUGUGACGGAGAGUUUUGUGAAGGUGAUUAAGGGAACCCAAUCUAUAACACGCGAGCCGGUGUCAUUCUUCCUCGAUCGCCCGCUUGAUCUCGUCCCAUGUGUUCUGCAUCCAGACGUAGUACCAACACAUAUAUCACUUCCGUCUGUGCAUUUGCGUGGAAAGGAAGAUCUGCCGGGGUUGGACGAUUGUGGCUUUCUUGUCGAGUCUCUCUGCGACUCCAAAACUCGGAAGUCAAUCAAACAUUCGGCUGGUCAUGACAUCCCGCGAUCAGGACCAGAGAUAAGGCAAAUGCUGUCUGCCGUGGAAUGGGUUGUGGCGCAGAGCCAGUUGUCAACACACUAA